AGGAUCAUCGAGUCCAAGCACAAGUACCCUAACGACCCUCCGCUAAAUCACGUCCCUGAGCACCACGUCCAAAUGGUUUUGAAACACAUCAGGGCAGGUGCCUCAACCACCUGCCUGGAGACCCUAUUCCAGUGCUUAACAACCUUCCUGUAAAGAAGUGUUUCCUGGUAUCCAACCUCAUACAUCAUCACAGUGGCUCGCUGGGCCAGCAGAAAUGCACCUCCUGUAGCAGCUUCGUAUUUGUCCUCCAUGCCUCCCUAGAAAGCUGCUCACAGACCAGCUUGGCCACUUUAACUGCAAUGCAGUGGACCAGGUUUCCACGACUUGUCCCUCCUUGCUGACAUGUGCCCAUAUUUUCCAGCUGUGUCACACAUACACAAAACUGAACAGCAGCGCCCUGAGAGCCCUCAGUUCUUCCACUGUGCAUCAUUUUGAGGCCAGCACCUGACACUAGCAGGGAGGGGAAAAAGCCUUUUUUAAUACAAGCACCUACGAUGCAUUUUAUCAAAGCUGCUACCGCCAUCUGAACACAAAUCAGAGCUUAUUUUAUUCCCGGAUGGUUCCUAGAGGGCAGCAAGAGGCACUCGGUGCCGUACGAGGGCUGUAACGCUGCAGGAAGCUGGGCUUCUGUUCUUUGAACCACGGGAACUGUAGUCGCCGUGCUGAGGGCUGAGCUGUGCACAGACUGCGUUUCCCACAAAGCCCUGCUGGCAGGAAACCCUUCUCGGAGCUGGCAGCGCUAUGAGAGCUCAACAUGUUCCCUGCCAGGAAGCUCCCAGGAGGCUGCAGAGCCAUCAGACCACACCAUCUCCAGCACUGCUCUGUCCCCACUGUGUCCCCAAACCUGGCUUUUGUACCGGCCUGCCUCCCCCCGCAUCCCGCAGAAGUAGAAGAGAUGCAGCGUUUUAUUUCCAGCUCCAAGAAGUUGUUUGUAAUGACCGGAGCUGGAAUCUCCACUGAGUCAGGGAUCCCUGAUUACCGCUCAGAAGGUGUGGGGCUCUAUGCCAGGUCAGACCGGCGGCCCAUCCAGCACGUUGAGUUCGUCCGCAGUGCCAGCGCCCGGCAGCGCUACUGGGCGAGGAACUUUGUGGGCUGGCCACAGUUCUCCUCCCAUCAGCCAAACACGGCCCACCUGGUGUUGAGGCAGUGGGAGAAGCUGGGGAAGCUGCACUGGUUGGUGACCCAGAACGUGGAUGCGCUUCACACCAAAGCUGGGAGCCAGCGCAUGACAGAACUGCACGGCUGCACGCACAGGGUUUUCUGCCUGACCUGUGGUGAUCAAACCUCACGCUCUGAGCUUCAGGAGCACUUUGAAGCUCUGAACCCUAGCUGGAAAGCUGAAGCCCUUGGUGUGGCUCCAGAUGGGGACGUCUUCCUGACGGACGAGCAGGUGCGCAAUUUCCAAGUCCCAGCUUGCAGGAAGUGUGGUGGAAUCCUGAAGCCUGAUGUGACGUUCUUUGGAGACACAGUGAGCCGGGAAAAGGUGGAUUUUGUGCACCAACGCCUGGCAGAGUCAGACUCCAUGCUGGUGGCAGGAUCCUCUAUGCAGGUGUACUCUGGUUACAGGUUUGCGCUGGCUGCCCGGGAGAAGCAGCUGCCAAUCGCAGUCCUCAACAUUGGGCCCACGAGGUUAGAUCACUUUGCAUCCCUCAAGCUGAAUUCCCGCUGCGGAGAGCUGCUGCCUUUGAUAGUUGCACACUGAGCCAACGAGCUGAGCAUCAGUGGCUAUCAGGGGUAAAAUUCUCUCUACAAGGACUUAAUCUCUUCAAAGGGGAAUUACUUCGGUCUGAAGAGCAGCCAUCAGAUACUUACAUGUGGCCCUUGGUGAUGCCAGGAGAGGGCAGCAAGCCUCACACGUCAGCCUGACAGUUUUCUGCACUGAAACCAUCUCCAUUUAACAAGGAAAGAGAAGAAUGAUGAAAAGUUUUUUUUUGCCUUCCCUUACUGUAUAAACAGUAACUUUUCUUUGCAUUCACUGGCAAAGGACCAGACUGGGACAGGAUAUUCAGACAUCUGAGAACAAAAUACAUUUUUUUUUCUUUUUUUUUCUUUUAAUAUUUGUCAAGAAUGGGGGACAGGGAGUUUGACGAAGUUACUCCAGGCAGAGUAGCACAGGAAAGUGGUAUGGAACACACAGUACCAGCUGGAGGAUCCCGUGUCAUC